UCCCAGCAUCCUUCCAUGAAAUGAACAAAGCGCACAGUCUCAAAAAAGCGCAUUUUGUCAAAGAGGUGAGUCAACGCAUUGGAUUUUCGAUUGCAAUUUCACCUUUAAUGUGGAAUUAGACUCACAGCCUCACACUGAAUAACGACUGUUGUGUGUGCCAGUUCGGUGAAAACCUUAGCCCACGCAGUGAUGUCAUGUGGGUUAGCCUACACCUGUGAAUGUAAAUGCAGCUGCACCUGUGUGGACUGUCACAGACACCUAACCGUUUGGCAACAGAGGCAGCUGUUUGGUUUAACCUAUUUUAAACCAGAUGCUGUUAGCUCUCUGUAGUUACAGCAGGCAGUUCUUCAGAAUAGUCGCAUCUCUUUCCCUUUGUUAAUUCGCCUGCGCUGCUUCUAUGCUAGAUGGGCUGAAUUAAUAUAGGAUAUUUAUAUUACUGACCACAUAAUUAUCAAAAUGAUGAUUAUAUGUAAUGGCUGACGAGGUUGUGCUUUCUAUUGUCAGCCAAUAUUUCAACAGUUCUAUUUGCCGACGACGAAGGGUUAAAGAGGCGCAGUCGCCACCACUGGUAAGCAGAAAUCAUCAAUGUUGAGCGCACAGACCACUCUCCUCCAGAGCGAUCACAUCUCAACGACCUAGUACGGACGUUACCCUACGUUUUCUUCAACUAGACUACUGGUUUCUCUCUGUUGCUUCCAUCGGGUGCACGGAAACAGGGAAGAAUAAGGCCAGUAGAGGAGAAAAAAGGACGCAACUAUGGCAAAACCAAGGUUCCUUGGCAGGCUGACCGACUCCCCCUCCCCAGAGUCUGCAAUGACAAAUGACAAGAAGUAACCUCUCGUCUUGCCAUUCACCUGAGAGGAUAUCAUUUUUGACAGCUCAAGGGACGUAAACAAACACGGGCUCCUCUCUUUGGAAACUGGAAACUGCCUCGCGAUCCCCCUGGCGCGCAAAUAAAGUGGACGCUCAUUUCUAGAACGCUACUUUUCACUUAGAGGACUGUCCACUUGGUCCAUUUCAUGAAGUUACAAAAACGUAGGUCGAGGAUUACAGUAUUUAUUAUUCUAUGACGAGGGCACAGUGAAUGUCGUCCGUUUGUCGGGACUCGUCGACGUAGAGGUCAGCAUCGGCGACAGAAAGUCCAACAACUCCAGUGGGAUAGCGUACAGCAAAGAUGCCAGUCCGAAGGGGUCACGUGGCACCACAGAAUACUUUCCUCGAUACCAUCAUUAGGAAAUUCGAUAGUCAAAGUCGUAAGUUCAUCAUUGCCAAUGCCCGGGUGGAGAACUGCGCCAUCAUAUUCUGCAACGAUGGCUUCUGUGCCAUGUGCGGCUACUCGCGGGCUGAGAUCAUGCAGAAGCCCUGCACCUGCAACUUCCUGUACGGCCCUCACACCAAGCGGCUGGCCAUCGCCCAGUUGGCUCAAGCACUGCUGGGCUCGGAGGAGAGGAAAGUGGAGAUCAACCUCUACAGGAAGGACGUACGCUACACUCAGACUGCCAGUCUCUUUGUGUUCCUGUUAUCCCAGAGAUCUGAGGCCUCCAGGGAGCAGGUAAACCCUGUCAGAACCCGUAGUGUUCGGAUAGCCAUCCAAUGCGUCCUCUAUGUCAGCAUGGAACAUCUCAGUAUCGUUUGGCUGAACUUGAACGGGGUCAAAGGUGUGGACAUUUUUGACGAGAUUGUCAAGGCGUUCCGCGCCAAGCGGGAGUAG